GUUCUCAUUGACAAUUGAAAGAGGGUCGAGCCACAAAUAUCCUCCAAAAGCCCACCCGUGCUCUCAGUCUUUGCUGAGCAAUGCGGAAGAACGGUUAAGGUUGAGUCAUAAAAAAAAGAAGAAAAAAAAAACGCAAAUCUCAGAGUACUUAGUACUUCAACCAAAACGCCAGCAUAAAUGAGUGUAGAGAUUAUAAAAGUGAUUUAUUGUUUCUAAACCAAUUUAAUAAAUGUGAAAAUAAUCAAGUUUUAUUUUUAAAACGAAAUUCAUACCAACGUACAUUUGCCAAAGUUCAAACUACCGAAUGUAAUUUAAUUUUUCUUAAGUGCGUCUUUAAAGAAGCUAUAUUUGUUCAACGAAGGACGUUUUAAGUGCGAUAGCUUCACAAAACAAAGAUACAUAUACAUAUUGGUAUUUUUAUUGGGUGCUCUGAAAAAGUUGCAAAAAUGUGUAAGUGAACAUGGAAAGUUCGCCGUCCAGUUCCAUAGAAAAGCAAAUCGAUCACUUUUUGGAGCAUUUUAAACGUAGUGCUUCCAAGGCCAUCGAUACGGAUUGGAGCAGCACCUCCACAGAUAUCAACAAUGGGUCCUCGAGUAGUCCCCAACGGCAGCCGCCCUUGCAGCGCUUACUGAAAAAGACUAAAAGUCGCUCAAGUUGUCUAGACAUAUCCGAGAUGUCUGACAAUGAUGUGGAAAACGCUUUGGCCGAAUCUCAGGCAAUUGUGAUGAGUGCCUCACAGACACAGCAGCGACAGCAGCAGCUGAUUAGCCAACAUAUGAUCGACUCCCAGAUCUCUGUGAGCAGUGGGGCUUCCAUCCAGACGGCGAUCUUUCAGUCGCUAACCAAUUCACCGGCUCACACAAAUCGCAGCACAGGACACUUGCAGCACACCACCUCGACGAUUAGUAGUAAUUCAACCACUUCUGUCAACUCGCAGGGCAUCUCUUAUGCCUCAGAUGCGCUUAAUGCGCAAAGACCCUCGGAGCAGAUUAACUCACUGCUGGAACACAUAAGUCCAGCCCAAGCGGCUGCCACCAUGAGUGGCGAGGGAGUGCUCAAUAUAGCCGAUGUGGCCGAUCUGCUGCAUCCGCAGCAUGCCAUCAUCACAGGUGGGCGUUCGCAGGAAGGAUGCCCACUGAUAAUCUUCCCGGAUAACAAUAAUUUUAAUUCAAUCGAAGAAUCUGACUACCAGAAACUCAUUUUGUACCUUAGCUCCGUGCCAUCGCUCCAGGAUGCUGAUCUUGGCUUCCAUUUAAUCAUUGAUCGUCGCAAGGAUCGCUGGACAUCUGUAAAGACGGCUUUGCAGCGAAUAUCGAUUUAUUUUCCUGGUAUUAUACAUGUAGUCUAUGUACUGCGUCCAUCGGGCCUCUUUCAAAAGGCGAUAUCCGAGGUGAGCUCAAAAUUUUCUUCUAAGGAUGAAUAUCGCUUUCGGCUUAUUGUUUGCUCAGCACUGAGCGAUUUACACGAGUUUGUCGAUAUCAGUCAGUUGACACCUGAUAUGGGCGGCUCAUUAAUAUAUUCCCAUCACGAGUGGAUACAACAAAGAAUUUCACUUGAGAAGUUUUCCAGCUUAACGCAUCAAGUCUCUGCCGAACUAGACGUAUUUAUACAGGCCAUUCAUGAUACCGAGUUUCCCAAUUCCGUCGAGGCAACAAGAAAGCUGUUAGAGGAUCAGGGUGUGGACUAUGCCAGACUGAAGGAGGAAAUUCUGGCUGCUGCCAAGCACGGCGAGACGCUGCUAGACAAAAUCAAAUCAAAUGAGGAACUCAAAGAGUUUUCUGAACGCACCGGCAAUGUUAGCUCAAUUGAAAGAUCCAGUGCAGGGCAGCAAAUACAUCGUCAACAAAUUAUUUAUCACCAACAAUAUAAGUUUAAACAACCCCAACAUUAUGAUGAUUGUCGCGAUUAUCGUAGACUGCUGGUCCAACUGGAGGAAACGGAGCGACGAUUCGACGAAUUCUGGCGCACACAUCGUAACCGUUUGGAGCAGUGCCUGCUUCUUCGCAUGUUCGAGCAUGACUUUCGGGAAUUGCAGAACACAUUCGAUGGCCAUCUUAAGACUGUUGCGGACAUGACGGAAAUUGGGGAAAGCGUCGAUAGAGUCGCAACACUCGUGCUGGAAACGGAAGAAUUUUGUACACUAAUCAAAAUCGAUUUAGAUCGUGCCACAGAGGCUAUCCAUGCGGGGCAGCAGCUAGUUGGCUCCCGUGGCGUCUAUCCUUGGGAGAUUGUGCAGCCCAAAUGCGAUGAACUGCAGCGUGUCUGCGACAUUAUCAGGAUGCGUCUCAGCAAACGCCUCGAAAUACUGGCCAAGAACAGUGAACUUAUGGAGAGAGUUGAAAAGGCUAAUCAAUGGUGUGCCAAUGGCGUGGAGCUGUUGGCUUCACAGCAAAUCGAGAAGUGUUCGGGGUCUGCAGACUUAGCCGAACAGAGUCUGCACGAAAUACAGGCAUUUAUUGCAUCUGCCUCCGAUUUUAAAUUAUCUAGUCCAAGUGAAUUCAAGAAAAUCUUUUUGGAAAGCACAACACCGGAAACCAAAGCACUUGUAUCUCAGGUACUGCAGCGCAUUGAUGAUGUAUCUUUAAUGUGUGACAAGCGCAUUGCGAGUCUCAAGAAGUUGGCAUUGAAACCACCGCGUCCCGUGCAGCAGGUUACCCCAGAGCCAGCGGUGCCACUACAACCGCCAGGCGGGGCACCUCACUUGUUGCGGCGUAAGCAAAUUAAGACUGGUAUACAUGAUCUGCGACCCAGAUCCAUGGACGGUGUCGUUGACUCCGGCGUUUCAUUAAAUGGCGACGCCGGCUCGAGUCCAGACAAUGGCGAACAAAUGCAAAAUCAACAGGAUGCUGAGGCGCGCAAAUUGAAGCAAGGACACGUACUGUCGGAACUGUUGGAGACCGAGCGAAUUUAUGUGAACGAAAUGAGUUCGAUUCUAAAGGGCUAUUUUGAUCAAAUGCAAUCGGAUGAACUGAUGCAUUUGGUGCCCCCUAGCCUGCAGGGCAAGGAGGAGAUACUUUUUGGUAAUCUGCACGAGCUCUACACUUUUCACAAUGAGGUCUUUCUCAAGGAUCUGGAGAACUGCAUUUCAACCACAGAGCUAGUGGCGCUCUGUUUUGUUCAGAGACGCGACACCUUCUAUCGUCUGUACUCGUUCUAUUGUCAGAAUAUACCGCGCUCCGACCGAUUGCGAGAGACUCUUGUGGAUACGCAUCUAUUUCUGCAGGAGUGUCAGAAGAGAUUGGGCCACAAGCUACCAUUAGCUGCAUAUCUGUUGAAGCCAGUGCAGAGGAUAACCAAAUAUCAAUUGUUGUUGAAGGACCUGCUGCGCUUCAGUGACAGCGGUAGUUGCACCAAGGAACUCCAGAAGGCUCUCGAUUGCAUGUUAAUUGUGCUCAAAUGUGUCAAUGAUUCCAUGCAUCAGGUGGCAAUUACAGGUUUUCCAACCGAUCUAGCGCAACAGGGCGAUCUGCUGCUGCAGGACUCGUUUCAGGUGUGGACCGAAUCCAAGAAGGAUAUACGGCUGCGCAUCAAGCCACAGCAGCGACACAUAUUUCUCUAUCAGAAAUCGCUGCUGUUCUGCAAACAAACCUCCAAAGCGGGUCACAACAAAAGCACCUAUCAAUUUAAGCAUCACGUUAAGAUGUCACAGAUUGGUCUAACGGAAUCCGUUCGAGGCGAUACAAAACGUUUCGAGGUAUGGCUACAGGGACGUCAGGAGGUGCACACAAUUCAGGCGCCCACUUUAGAAGUCAAGCAAAAAUGGGUAUCGGAGAUUAAACGAGUAUUACUCAAUCAGCUCGAAGAGUUGAAGGGCGAGAAAAUCAAGCAGUAUGGUUUGAACCAUCGCGGCCUGAAGCAGACGACAUCGUGGGACACGCCAAACAUAAUACUGGGCACACCGAGUCGUACAAUCAACUGUGACGCAUCCUCCGAGUCCUCAAAUCGCAACUCGAACUGCAGCAGCGAAGAGAACGGACCUGCAGCUGCAUCUGUUGCCUGUGGCAACUCCAGCAGCGGCAUGGGGGACAGGGACCAUCCAGAAGGAUGCGGCUGGAGCUCCGACUAUUCGAAUAGCGAGGAUGAGUUGUCAUUGAACGAAGAUAAUAGCACACCGGGCAGUAAAUUCAUUGCCCUGUCUGAUUAUACGGCUAUGGGACACUCGGAAGUUUCGAUGCGAGAAGGCGAAGCCAUCGAGCUACUGAAAGUGGGCUGUGCCGGCUGGUGGUAUGUCCGUGUCUUAGAUACCAAUGCAGAAGGUUGGACCCCAGGAGCGUAUUUGGAAUCGAUAAAUCGAAAAUCGUCACGAUCUUCGAGCUGUAAUCAGGAGCGAAUGAAUUUAAAAUAAACAACUGGAGCUCUAAUCCACAAACGUAUAUCAUUUAAUCGACUUACUUUCAAAACUUAAUCUAUCGCCCUCAAUAGAUAACAGUAUUUGAAUAGCUUCUCUAAAUCCUGCUUUAUACACUACUCUCAUGUUUGAUACUUUCUCAUAUCUGAUAGAAAUACCAAAUAUUGUCUCAACUCUCAACUUAUUCUUCUCCGAAUACCCUCACUUAGACCAUAAGUGUAAAUAGUGUUUAAGCAAAAAAUAUGAAAAAGAAAAAACAUUAAGUAUUUAUUGUUAAUAAAUUAUUUGAUAACUUGCUAAACAACUUAAGUUAAAAAAUUAAUAUAUUCAUACGUAAGUAUGUUUGUAUGUUAUUGUUAGUUUCUAGUCCAUAGGAAAUACACUCUUUAGUAUUUUGAGGACUGUUACAUUGAUUGUUAAGGGCUACUUGUCGAAUUUCAUGAAAUUGUAUUAAUAUUUGAAUAUGACAACUGUAAAAUUAAAUCUUAUCAUACAUUAUUAUAUAUGAUAAUUAAUAUGCACAUCGAUAUGUACAACAAAAUAUAUACAGAAAUAAAAUAAAUAGCUAUCCCUAAACCAAAA